AUGGCCGGGAUAAUACUCACGAACUACGGAUUUCUAAAGGAAGAUCCGAAUGUGAAAUAUUGGGUGCUUACUGAGGAGGAUCUUUUAGUGUUUGACAGUGUCAGUGAUUUUGACAAUAGAAAGAAACCCCUCAAGUUGAUUGAUAUUAAAAGUAUUAAACAAGUCAAAAAUACAACACAUACGGACAAGAUGUCGUUUUUAGAAUUAAAGAGUGAUAACGAGUGUAUUACUUUAUUAGCGAGUAAUACUGUAAUUGCAAUAUGGGUGCAAGUCCUCAAUUUGAUUCUCCAAGACACGCCAUUGUCUGAAAUUGUUGAUUUGAUUGAUGUUGUGAAAGACCAAGAAGCUUCGAAUUCUAAUGGGUCGCAGGAACAAAAACAAAGUAAAAAAGGAAGUUUUCUCAAAACGCCACGAAACAGGGAGAAACAACAUGAAUUUAAGUUGCUGAAAGAAACUGAAUCGAACACACAAUUGGAGAUGAGAAAAGAUGUAGUUCUACAAUUUGUGAGUAAAGUAGUAGACCGACGACUUUCAUUUGAUGAAUUAAAAGACGUCAAAUUAAUUUUAGAAUUCUACAAGAAGAUUUCUCGUCGAGAAGUCGAACUAUUACAAAUGGGGUCUUCCGAACAAAUCAAAAUUGUGAAUUCCAUUUUUUCGGAUAUUGAAAUGUACAGUGAAAUUCCCAUUACAAUCAAUUCUAUCGAUAUAGUUAAUAAUAUAGAUACCGCUCUUUUGGAUUUAAUCUUAAUCAUUUUUGAACUAUAUGUCCUUCCAAAAGCUCACUAUAAAUCUAUUCAAGGACUUGAUGCUGUUAUUGGGUGGACCAUUAAUUCAUUAUCUCAAGUAGACAUACCAAUUGACAAUUUCAAUGACUCUUUUUCUGAUGGAAUUGCAUUUUCAAAUCUUAUAGCAUUACAUCGUCCAGAACUGAAAUAUAUGUUAUCAUUAGACUCGACGAGUAUUACAGUUUUAAUCUAUAGUCUAUUGAUACCAUCUACUCAGAAAUCACACGAGCACUAUAUAACUUGA